AUGGAACUAUCACCAAUGGAGAAAAAGGAUUUACUAUCAAAAAAUAACGAAAACCUUCCCAAAACUGAAAGAAAUGGCCUGAUUCCAAAUGGGGAAACCUCAAGGGAUCCUCCUGAUGGAGGAUUUAGAGCCUACAUGGUUGUUGUUGGUUCAUUUCUAACAAAUGGAUUAUUAUUUGGUAUUAUUAAUUCCUAUAGUGUUAUUUAUACUGUUCUUAAGAAAAAUCUCCAAGAUGAGCAUAUACCAAAUGCUGAAGGCAGAGCUGGUCUCGUGGGCGCGCUAAGUUUGGGAACAACGUUUCUUCUAUCACCUGUAUCCGGUGUUUUGACGGGAAUACUUGGAUUACGUUGUACUGCUGUUUUAGGAGGUGUUAUCGCAGUCCUUGGAUUAUUUAUUUCAUCAUUCCUCGUCAGUAAUGUAGAUGCGCUUUGUUUUACAUACGGUGUUAUGUAUGGCUUAGGCGCUUCGCUCGCCUACACACCUUCUUUGGCUAUUCUUGGGCAUUAUUUCAAGCGGAAUUUAGGCUUAGUAAAUGGGAUAGUUACCGUAGGUAGCUCAGUUUUUACUGUUAUUAUGGCACCUUUGAUGGAAUACACACUGAAUCAAUAUGGAUUAGAAGGUUUAUUUAGAAUGCUCGCUGCCAUUACAGUGGGUAUAUCUCUUUGUGGUCUAUUAUUUAAACCUAUUCCUGUAGUGGUAAUAGACAAACCGACGAGAGAAAGUGGGUUUAGAGUUUUGAUGAAAUCUAUUAUCAAUGUACAAAUUUGGAAAAAUAAAAAAUACAGACUGUGGGCGUUGUCUAUGCCAGUUGCACUAUUCGGUUAUUUUGUUCCAUAUGUGCACAACCAAGAUUUUAUAAAGGCAAACUUUAAUAAUGUUGCACAUAUUUUGCCUUUGCAAUGUAUUGCUGGGGGUUCUGGGGCGGGCAGAUUGAUUUUCGGCAUAUUAGCAGAUAAAAAAUGGGCUAACAGAAUAGUAUUGCAACAGAUAGCCUUCUAUGUUAUCGGAACUCUUACAAUUUUGUUGCCUUUCGUAACAUCUUUUCCCUUAUUGGUAGUUAUGUCGUUAGCAAUGGGUAUCUGUGAUGGGGCUUUCAUUGCAUUAAUAGGUCCUAUUGCGAUACAGUUUUGUGGUAGUGCGUAUGCUGCACAAAGUAUAGGCUGUAUGUUAGGUUUAGCUGCUUUCCCCUUGUCUUUAGGACCCGCUAUAGCGGGACUAAUCUAUGCUGCAUAUAAUUCAUACACGUUGCCUUUUAUAUUAGCAGGCAUAUCACCUAUUGUAGGCGCUACUUUGAUGUUCGGCAUAAGAUUUCAGAAA